GCGGCAGCCGGAGAGCGCGAGCCUGAAAAGUACACGAGAUGAGAACGAACUCUCAAGAGAGCGCUCACAGGCGGCCCAGUUCUUGUCCAGCAGUCUCUCCCACAUGCAGCCUGAGAGCAGACCACUUCUCUGCGUACCAACAGCAAAUGAUUUAGCACCGGCACCACUGUGAGUGAGUGUCUGCAUCAAGACCGUCCAAGCUUGGAAAAGAUGAGAAGAAAAUCAGCUGAAUGCAGAUCACAUCGGACAUGCUGGGAAUACCAAACAAUCAUAAGCAAAUCCACAUGUAAGAAAAAAAUGGAGUUAAUUAAAGAGGAGAUUGAAGACUUUCACAUAAAACAAGAAGAUACGGAGGAACAAGCAGGCAUAAUAGAAGUAAAAGUAGAAAGCCAUGGUGUAAGCAAAGAGGAGGACAAACAGCAUGAUUUUACAACCAUAUCCACACAAACGGAGCAGAAUGAAACGCAGAACACACGAGAAGACCAGAAAUCUUUCACUUGUCCUCAUUGCAGACGGAGUUUCAUGCAAAAAAGUAGCCUUUUGAAUCACCUCAAAAUCCACAGCGGAGAAAAACCGUACACGUGUCCUCAAUGCGGGAGACGCUUCAGACAAAAAGAGCACCUGAAAUGUCACAUCAGGAUUCACACCGGAGAGAAACCGUUCUUGUGUCAACAAUGCGGGAAGAGUUUUGCACGCAAAAGAGCACUUAAGUACCAUAUAAAAAUUCACACAGGAGAGAAACCAUUCGCAUGUGUCGAUUGUGGAAAGAGCUACAUAACCAAUAAACAGCUUAAUGCGCAUGUAAAAGUGCGUCACGGAAAUCAACCCUUCACCUGCUAUCGCUGUGGAAAGGGUUUUUUAGAGGACGCAGACCUCAAUAAUCAUUUGCGCUCUCACUCCGCAUCGCAAAAAUGCCCGAAAGAGAAGCCGUAUAUCUGCUCUUUAUGUGAAAAAGGGUUUUCGUAUCCCAGCCAUUUGAAAGAGCAUCUGAAAACACACACAGGAGAGAGAGAUCACUUGUGUUUGGACUGCGGGAAGAGCUUCAGUCGUGCUGGAAAUUUGAAGGAGCACCAGAAAAUUCACAGCGGGUUGAAACCUCACAAGUGCUUGUAUUGUGAUAGGAGUUUUUUGAGAUUAGGAUGUUUGAGAUCACACGAGCGCAAAAAGCAUUAUGAAGAGAAGCCUUUGCCCUGUGCUCAAUGUGGGAAAGGGUUCAUCGGAUCUGGGAACUUCCUUGCUCAUAAAAGACGCUGUUUAAUGUUGCCACAGGUGGCUAAAUCCAGCUGAGAUGUGCGUUGAAUGUAUUUAAUUAGGAUAAACCCCCUUGAGAUGUACCAUCUCAUAUUCAUUGUGGUAAAGUUGGUUUUAUAUUUGCAAAUGUGGCCUUUCUCCUUAAUGAUAUAAUUUCAGAAAAGCAUAAUUUGGAAAUAAUAAAUAGGGAAUUAUAUUAGCAGCCAAUGACUAUCAAAGUACAACAUUGUUCAUAGUCAAUUAAAUAGUGCUAAUGUUGUUUUAAGUCAUAUUCGCAUGCUAUUUCACACCAAAUAUUCAGAGUAGCAUGGUAAACAAUAUAGGGACCAUUAUAAUUAACAAAUGUGCAAAUAUAAAACCAACUUAAAAAGAGUCCCAGAAUCUAUUGCAAUCACAUAAUAAUGACGCAAGAAUAUAUAACAGAAAUUACAUAACAUCCUUGAAAGAACAACAAACAAUAAAACACAAACAUUAGAUGAGGGAGGGAAAGCAUCACAUUAUAAGAAGAAAAGAAAUACAAAAUAUAUAUGUACAGUGCAUCCAGAAAGUAUUGAUAGCGUUUCACUUUUUCCACAUUUUGUUGUUACAGCAAUAUUCCAUAAUUGAUCAAAUUCAUUUAUUUCCUCAAUUCUACACACAAUACCCCAUAAUGACAAUGAGAAAAAGAUUUCUUGAAGUUGUAAAAAAGCUGAAAAAUCACAUGUACAUCAGUGUUCACAGCCUUUGCCGUGAAGCUCUAAAUUGAGCUCGGGUACAUUCUGUUUCCCCUGAUCAUUCUUGAUGUUUCAGCAGCUUCAUUGGAGUUCACCUGUGGUAAAUUCAGUUGAUUAGACAUGAUUUGAAAAGGCCUUCGAGACAGGAUUGUCUCUAGGCACAAGGCUGUGGAAGGUUACAGAAGAAUUUCUGCUGCUCUGAAAGUUCCAAUGAGCACAGUGGCCUCCAUCAUCCGUAAGUGGAAGAUGUUUGGAGCCACCAGGACUCUUCCUACAGCUGACCGGCCAUCUAAGCUGAGUGAUCGGGGGAGAAGGGCCUUAGUCAGGGAGGUGAUCAAUAACCCGAUGGUCACUCUGUCUGAGCUCCAGCGUUCUUCUGUGGAGAGAGGAGAACCUUACAGAAGGACAACCAUCUGUGCAGAAAUCCACCAAUCAGGCCUGUAUUGUAGAGUGGCCAGACAGAAGCCACUCCCCACCUGGAAUUUGCCAAAAGGCAUCUGAAGGACUCUCAGACCAUCAGAAACUAAAUUCUCUGCUCUGAUGAGACUAAAAUUUAACUCUCUGGAGUGAAUGCCAGGCGUUACGUUUGGAGAAAACCAGGCAGCGCUCAUCUCCAGGCUAAUACCAUCCCUACAGUGAAGCAUGGUGGUGGCAGCAUCAUGCUGUGGGGAUGUUUUUCAGCAGCAGGAACUGGAAAACUAGUCAGGAUAGAGGGAAAGAUGAAUGCAGCAAUGUACAGAGACAUCCUGAAUGAAAACCUGCUUCAAAGUGCUCUUGACCUCAGACUGGGGCGACGGUUCAUCUUCCAGCAGGACAAUGACCCAAAGCACACCGCCAAAAUAUCAAUAGAGUGGCUUCACAACAACUCGGUAAAUGUCCUUGAGUGGCCCAGCCAGAGCCCAGACCUAAAUCCUAUUGAACAUCUCUGGAGAGAUCUGCAAAUGACUGUACACCUUCGCUUCCCAUCCAACCUGAUAGAGCUUGAGAGGUACUGCAAAGAGGCAUGGGCCAAAAUUCCCAAAGACAGGUGUGCCAAGCUUGUGGCAUCAUAUUCAAAAAGGCUUGAGGCUGUAAUUGCUGCCAAAGGUGCAUCAACAGAGUAUUGAGCAAAGGCUGUGAAUACUGAUGUACAUGUGAUUCUUCAGCUUUUUUAUUUGCAAUAAAUUUGCAACAAUUUCAACAACUCUUUUCAUAUUGUCAUUAUGGGGUAUUGUGUGUAGAAUGUUGAGGAAGUAAAUGAAUUUAAUCCAUUUUGGAAUAAGGCUGUAACAUGACGAGUCUUCGCUGAGGCCAGCCUCCAGCCUCCGCCGCUGAGACUGCAGCUCUGCACGAGACGUUUGGCCAGCGGAGAAAUUAAAAUGAUCGUGCCCAACUGAGCCUGGUUUCUCUCAAGGUUUUUUUUCUUCACUUCCGCCAUUAGUGAAGUUUUUUUUCCCUCUCCGCUGUCGCCACUGGCUUGCAUGGUUCGGGAUCUGUAGAGCUGCGCAUCGUUGGUUUUGCUCUUCAGUGUUUGGACUCUCAGUAGUGAUUAUUAAACCACACUGAACUGAGCUCAACUGAACUGAACUGAAACACUACAAACUGAACUACACUGUUCCUAUUUACUGUGACCUUUUAUGUGAUGCUGCUUUGACACAAUCUACAUUGUAUAAGCGCUAUACAAAUAAAGGGGAAUUGAAUUGAAUAAAAAAAUGUGGAAAAGUGAAUAUUUUCCGGAUAUACUGUACAUGCAUAUCAUUGAAUCUGUUCAGAAUAUAAUCAACAACAUCCUCAAGAAACACAAGUACAAUACAAAGUAAAAUAUGACAGCAAAGUUUGCUUAAACACCUUAAAAGUAGGCCUGUCACAAUAUCUAAUUUUGUCAUACGAUAUAUCGCACCAAAAUAUAUUGCCAUAAACGAUAUUAUUGUCAUUUGAAGACCAUUUAAUACCACUCAUUACAUAUAAUGCCAAAAUGACAAUAUAAUAUUAUCCCAAUGAAAGUACACUCUUCCAAAAAACAUAUUUUAUUCUUAAAAUAUUUCAUUUAAUUAUAGUCAUUUUAACCAUUUAUUAAUCAGGCAUUGGAAUCAGAAUGUGAAUACACAUAUCCUACAUAAAUAAUAAUAAAUGUUAACAGAAAAGUGCAAGGUAAAGAGUAACAGAGGGUGCGAUAUCUGAUAGCAGAUCUAUUUUCAGCUGUCAGACACACAUGAAAAUAGUAAAUACCAGGGUGUUUUUGACACCUCAAAUAGAGAUUUGGGUUAUAUACAGGGCUUGGCAUUAACUUAUUGAUCACCAGCCACUGCGGCUAGUAGGUUUCCAACUUUACUAGCCACUUGCCAUUUUCACUAGUCAUAAUUUUUUUUUAAGCAUAAUUUAUAUCCAUAUAUUUGACUUUGGCUUGCUAAAAAUUCUGGAUUUAAAUGUUGUGUUAUGUCCACAUGCCUCCUCAUUCAUUUCACUUUUAUUUGUGUGUUGUGCAUGAGCUUGCUCUAUGAGCAUGCCCAAAUGGGUUGUGGUUUCAUUGUGUCGCUUAUAUUUCACAUGACUUUUCAGGGCUCAACACAAUAAGGAUUUACCUAUUUUUUUUUCUCUGGCCAGCACCAAACUAAUUUCCUUGCCACAAAAUUGAAAUAAUGUGUCAAAACAAGCGUAAAACUAUACAUAAACUAAAAUUUUAAUCUUUAGUGACGAGCCAGAACUGGAAUUUAAAAAUUAUUUUCAACUAGCCAAAGUGGCUAGUGGGGGUGGUUGUCUAACCCGCCUCAGCUUAAAUCUACCCGCAUUUGGCUGGUUGGUCGAAGUUAAUGUCAAGCCCUGGUUAUAUAGAAAGAAGGUCGCUGGUUCGAGUCCCGGCUGGGCCUGUUGGCAGUUCUGUGUGGAGUUUGCAUGUUCUCCCGUGUUGGCGUGGGUUUCCUCCAGGUUCUCUGGUUUCACCCACAGUCCAAACACAUGCGCUAUUGGUGAAUUGGGUAAACAAAAUUGGCUGUAGUGUAUGUCUGUGAAUGAGAGUGUUGGGUAUUCAGUGUUGGGUAUUCGCUGGAAGGGCAUUCGCUGUGUAAAACAUAAGUUGGAUAAGUUGGCGGUUCAUUCCGCUGUGGCGACCCCUGAUUAAUAAAGAUUAAUAAAAGC